AAUUGUCAAAUUCCACAGCGACACAUCAACUGUCAAACGUCUUCGUUUGCCAAGACGCUGGCUGAUAAGUACGAAAACAAAGUCAUUUCCAUGUGCUAUCGUCACUUAGAAAAAAGUCGUAAGACAUGUCUAAAAUUAACCAAGUGAAUGUCGCAAAUUCCAAGUGCACUGUGAGCCGAAAUUCUUCUUAUAAUUCUGUCGUUUAUUUGACAUUUUCCACUGCGAGUGCUUUCUCCUGUCGCGCACUAAACUGAGGCAAACAAUCCUCGCCUCGCCCACACUGUGCCUGUUCGGAAGCGAAAAUGUCAGAGAAACGAAAAUUUGAGGAGCUCGCCGACCCGGACUACCCACAAAACGUGAAGAAAGUGAAAACGGCCACAGAAGACCCACCACAGCUUUCGCGCGAGGAACGACUGAACAAAAUUCGCGCCAUCGUCAAGCGCGAGUUUCAACGGGAGUUGACUGCGAAAGAGCAGGAGAUCAUGGAGAUUGACAACAGGAUCCAACUAGCCAGAAAGCUGUUGCACCGAGUGCGGUAUGCGGUCGUUUCGCAUUACUACAACAAGAAGGGAAUGGAGCUGCCUGACCAGGAGGCUCAAGCGUGUGUGGAGAGCCUCAAUUUGAAGAGUACCGCUCCGCCAGCUUCCGAGUCAGGCCAGAGAGCUAUUCAUCCUGCGUUGAAGAGUAUCCUGGGCAAGAAAACUGUGGAUUAUGAUGAGAUUUUGAAAGCCAGACCUACCCGAGAGGCUGCCAAAACGGCGAAAACUUCAAUCAAGGAGAAACUGCGGACGAAAAAGGAAGAGAAGCGGCUGCAGCGAGCUUUGAAUGGGGCCGUAAAUACGGUUAUAUGCCAUGAUACAACCCCAAAGGUUCCGAGACAUGUGGAGCCAAAUAAGGUCGAGAAGGAAAUCCCGCAAUUGAAUGCUGCGCGAGGAAGGAACCAGACCAAGUGCCUCAUAGCCGUAGGGAACACAUCGAAGUACGUUGGUGACGAGAAAUUCGCUAAUGGGGUUACCCAUAAGUGGUUGGUCUACGUCAAGACGAAAACUCCGGUCCCCAUUGAGAAGAUUGUGACCAAAGUGCGGUUCUUCCUGCAUCCGUCGUACCGUCCCAACGACAUUGUCGAUGUUUGUGAGCCACCGUUUCAGUUAUCGCGGCGUGGAUGGGGCGAGUUUCCAAUUCGACUGCAGUUGUAUUUUGACGCCAGCCUUCAGCAGAAACCGGUUCAGCUUGUGCAUAACCUUGUGUUGGAUAAAACGUUGACAGGAUUGCAGACAAUGGGCGCUGAGACUCUGGUGGAGAUGUGGCUGCGUACAGAUCAUCUUCAAAUUCCACAUGAUUCCAAGAAUACAGACUCGACCUUUACUGAUCUUCCUACAACCGAAGAUGAGACAUCACAGCACAGUGAAGACAAUCCUAUCGAUCAUAUUGACGAUAAGCUAAUGGAACUUCUUAACCGAAUUGAAAACCAAACUUCAAAGUCAAUAUGCGAGGAAGGCGAAAAAAUCGAGCCAACAAUCUCAGUUGCAGAUAACAGUAUCGAAGCAGAUUUCAUGGCAAAUGAUGGUCUAGCUCUGCAAGGAAAUCAUAAUAUACAUGGAGACGAAACUAAUCCGAAUUUAACAUCAACUCUCAUUCUUCCGGAGGUGGUAAACCAAGUGGAAUUCGGAAAAAGCAUUGAUGCAAUACCGGCAUGUAGUAUAGAUGGAUCGACUUUAGAGAGGCCUUCGGUGUCUUCUCAGGCGGUUCCGGUAAAGUCUGAACUAGAAAUUGAGCAGAAUGUUUGUCAGACAACGUCGGUUGCAGUCAAGCAUGAGCCUCUACAUCCUGCAGAACCACAUCAAGUGACUGAAAUAGAUAGUUUAGAAAACAAAUUGUGUCUUAAUCAAAGUGUUUGUGCAUUACCUAUAACUGAGCCUGCUAAAAGUGUUGAGUGUACUCAACUAAACCCAACCAGUUCACCACGGACCACCACCCUAGCUAAACCCUCUGUGAACAUUAUAACCAAAAUAUCAAGUAUUUCAAAGGAUCCUAAAGAUCCAACAAAGCCAACAAUCAUCACUCCUGCAAGCUCAAUCUCAAACAAACCUCAAAUCUUCCAAAAACGCAUAGUGAAAUGUAUUGAUAAACAAGGAAACGUAAAACUCGUUGAAAUGCUUGUCAAAUCUGCAGACUCUCAGAACGGACAGAUUGGUCGUGUUAUGCUAACACCACAAACUCAGACAGCUACUGGCCCGAAGACAAUUAUCAUUUCCAACGGACAAAAAGGACUAGCCAAGCCGCUUGUCUUCAAAAUCGCACCAGCGAAUUCGGUGAAUUCGAUGAAGCCAAUACCUGCAAUUUCCCAGCCGAACACGACUAUUGCAGCGGUUAAAGAUACAUAUCCUGUCAAAGCUCCAACCACCUCAGCUUCACCGCAAAUCACAUCUGGCCUCAAAGUUUUAGCUACAAAAGAGAAUCAAUCGAAUUUAUCCUCUGCCCUACCAAAAUCCGCUCUGAAUAGUACAAAUAAGAAUCAGGUUCUUGUAAAGAACGGAAAAAUGUACAUAAUCGAUCCGCUACAAGCGAAAAUCAAGCAGCAGACGAAGAAGCAAGAGUCGCUCUUGAAACCACAAGUCAGCCUCCUGAAACCGAUUGUGAAAAACGAUAAUCUCAACAAUUGUAUCCGUAACGAUGCAAAAAGUGUGUUUAAUCACACGUCGAUCGCGACGGAUCACGACUACACGAGCUUCCUUGGUAAAUCUCCAACGCCAAACAAGGUCACCAUUCACCGAUCCUCCCUGAGUCAACAACCACAACAGCAGCAGCUGCUCCAUAAGCAAAAGUCCAGUAUAGUCACUGUAAAUAGUCCGAAUAACAGUCGAAUCAAUGUUAUAGUUACGAAGCUAGAUGACGAUGAAGAGGAUGAUGAUGGUGAUCAGGAAAUCAGAUUGAAUAUGAAGACUCCUGUGAUGCAGAAAUCAACGGCGCUCAUGCAGAAGCCUCGACGGGAUUAUCGUAGUGAAUUGGAAAUGAUCUUCGCUAGGACAAGUCCUGUGAGUGUGCGACAGGCGGUUGAAUUUCUGUUGAAACAGUUGCCGUUAAUUGAUGCCAAGGCAUCGAGUACGGAUUAUAGUUCAUCGUUUCCGUUUAUCGUGAAAAGUCAAAGUGUUUUCGAUCGAUUGAUCACGCCGAAGUUGAAAGCGAAUGAGUGGCUUCGUGCGAAAUACAUUCUUCAACUUCUACAAAAACACCCCCAUCUGAACACAUCCAAAUUCUGGACAACAAAAGAAAUAGUUCUAUUCGCUCGUCUGCAUGCCUAUACACCUGUGAUAAACUACAAAAUUGGAAAAGAAUUUAACGAUAAUAAUAGGACGACAGAUAGAACUUUAAAAGAUCUCGUUAAGAAGGAAAUCAAAAGGGAAAAGUAUGAUAUCCAGACAACUACGCUGGUGCAUGGAACGUACGAUUGGAUCAACGAUAUUCGGCAAAAGAUCAACCGUGAAUUGCUAGUCAGUGAAGAAAUCAUCAAUGUCGAUGGCAAUGAUGACGAGAGCUCCGAUAAGAGAUUGAAUAAGGAACAAGAUUCUGGAUCACCUUUGAAAAAUGCUGCUGGGAAGUAUUUCCAUCCUUUGGAUUCUAGUCUAGAGACUGAGGCGUCGUUCGUUAAUGAUGCUUGUCAACAAAUUGGAAUACGAUUGAAACCGGAAGAGAUUGUUACAAAUGUGUUGCAUCCGUCGGCGCAACUAGUCUUGAUUCAGUGCUUCAAAUCAUUCAUGAAUGAUCUUCUCCGAAGAGGUGCAGCAUGCAGACCUGAUGUCGAUACAUCGAGUUCUCUCGUGGAAAAUGUUAUACGCCCUGAAGAUAUAAAAAAUGCAAUAUUAAGUAGGCCGCAAUGGGAUUUCUUAACAAACAACGGACUGGGAGUCGCUAAACCGAAGGAACAAAAAGAUUAAAAUCAAUUUGUUAUCAAAUCGUGUACAUGAGUGUGUUAUUUAAUUUCAUUAUAUCCAAUACACUUGUAAGGCAUUUGUAUAAUUUUAUAAUUUUUGUAUUUUAAUUUGUACAUAAAUAAUUGUGUAGAAUUUUGUAAUUGAAGCGGAAGAAAUAAAUUUUUAUUUAUACAUC